UUGACCUACAAUGAUGUGCAUGUGAACUUUACUCAAGAAGAAUGGGCUUUGCUGGAUACUUCCCAAAGGAAUCUUUAUAAAGAUGUGAUGCUGGAGACCUACAGGAACCUCACUGCUAUAGGCUACAGUUGGGAAGAUGAUAAUAUUGAAGAGCAUUGUCAAAGUUCUAGAAGAUAUACGAGACAUGAACGAAUUCACACUGGAGAGAAACCUUAUGAAUGUAAC